AUGGUUCCUGUUGCUCCUGAAAAGAGAUACUACUUUGACACUGAUGACUGUGACUCCUUGGCAGACAUGUACAGUAGUUUGUAUCCUUCUCAGAGGAUUUUGUCCGUCAUAUCUAUAGCAGAAAGCUAUGAUAAAUUGCCACAUAUAGGCAGUGUCAUUGCCAGAGUUGGUUCAAGGAACAGUCGGUCAUCAUGCAUAAUGGCUAAAUGGGUUGGAAAAGAGGACCGGCUUGGUGUUUGUGCAAUUGACCCAUGUAGUGAGUGUCGCCCUGCUAUUGUGCAACAGAUCUUUAGAAGUGAAAUAAUUCUUGAUGUUGAAGGGAAAGCAAAGAAGUUAUCUCAUCUGUUAGCCAGAGUUGUCUGGGUGAAGAAGCACCCGAUGAGAGAUUUCUUUGGGAAAACCACUUCAGUGUGGGGUACUGAUAUUGAGACUACUCAUGGUGCAGAGUUUAUUCCUGUGCAAAGAAUUCGUAACCUCUGUAUUUGUAUUCAGGACACUUCGAUUCUGACUGACUCUGGCAUCGUUGCAGAAUCCAUUAUGGAUACUAAGGUUUCCAAUAACACAGCAGUAUCCAUUAUGGAUUCUGAGAUGGAUUCUGCAAUAUGUAUAUCGGUGGAUACAUUGUGGAUUCUCCUUGGAAAAGUACAGCAAAGUAGUGACAAAGUACUGCAAACUAGCGGCAAAGUACAGCAAGGUAGUGCAAAGUACGGCAAAGUAGUAGCAAAGUACGGAAAAGUAAUGGCAAAGUACGGAAAAUUAGUGGCAAAGAACGGCAAAGUAGUAGCAAAUGAUGGCAAAGUAGUGGCAAAGUACAGCAAAGUAGAGAACAAGGACAAAACUAUGUUUUCAGUCAAGUCUCAAGGGUUAAUUCAGGUAGUCCCCAUUGAAGGGGUGGAAACUAUUGAGGACGUACAUAUUUGUCCUGAUUUAGAUAUCGAUCAGAUUAAUGCAGUUAAACGUAUUUUGAGAAAAUAUAGUGCUACUUUAACGGAUAUUCCGUGCAGGAAAUUUCCAAAAGAUACAACCAAGAAACUGACAGCCUUGAAGCUAAAGAUUUCUGCAGAUAAAGAACAAAAUAACAAUGAACAAGAACAAAAAAGACAACAUGGCAGACCCGUCAUAUACGGUCAGAUUAUACAGCUCAAGCACAAGUUCACCGAUAAAUAUAUUCACGUCAGUUCGACACAAACCUCCGCUACAGAGUACAGUAGUAUUCUUGUGGAAUUGCUGGAGUUCAAUGCCAAAAAUGCACAGUUUCGAAUCAUGCCAAGAUACAAAGUGAAAUCAGAAGGCGAAAAAGUGCAUGUGGAUGAUCAAAUAGUGUUAGAAAGCGUUAAAACUGCUGGCCAGUAUCUGCAUGUUAGCCAUAACAUAUUUGGUCCGGCGUUCGUCAACUCUGAUUCAUUUGAAUUAAACUUAUCAGUGAGGAAAUCUGGAUUUACAUUAGUCAGAUACUACAAACCAGAUGUUGAACAUAGUGGAAUUUUGAAGGCCGGUUCUCUGUUCAGAUUAUUUCACAAGGAGUUGGAAUCUUAUUUAACAGCUGAAGGAACUGUUCAAACUAAAGUCACUGAAGAUGUUCAUUUGAGAGUACGGAAACCAGAUCCAAAUCGUCCGAAAACUCUGUUCCCAUCUACAUCAUCAAUAACGUAUUGGCAGAUAGAGAAUGAAGACAUGAUGAAAGGUGGGACAAUGAAGUGGGGACAGUUGUGUCGUCUCAAACAUUUCACUACAAAGAAAUAUUUACAUCUAGAUGACAAGGGUGGCGAACAACAGUUAACAUUGACAGAUACCGCACCAGACAAAAGUACUAUAUUUAGGUUACAUCCAGUUAUUCACGAGAUGGAUGAAAUACAGUUUGAAAGUUAUGCCAGAAUAGAACACGUUGCUUCGGGUUAUUGGUUACAUGGUCUAAACGAAAUCUAUAAAAGUAACAGGUCCGAAAUGUGUGAUUCCAUGAGUGAUAUACAAUGGAGUCGUGCCCCGUUAAAACAAAUAACAGCUAGCAAACUGAUGUCAUACGAUGAUGCUUUCACAAUUCAAAAGGUUGACGAUGAAUUGGUUAAAAUAUCUUAUUUCGUAUCUGGUAUAGUGCCAUUGUUACAGAAAUGUAUUCAAUACAUAAAACGUAGUGGUAUGGCAUUAACUAAACGACACAGCCAGAAGAUCAUAUUGGGAUUACGAGAGUUACAACAGUUCAUGAUCGUGAACGGUGAAAAUAUAAAAGACAGACAAAAAUUAUUGAGAAAUCUAAAAGUAAUCGACAUACUUGUGAUAAUAACCAAAUUGCCAUAUGAGAACAGAACUGAUAAAGAGUUUAUAGUUGAUAUAAUUGUGGAAUGUUAUAACGUGAUGGAACAGUUCCUAUGUGGAGAUAGUAGGAAGAACGAACUCUAUCUUGCAAGAUUCAGCAACUUCUUUCAAACUCAGACUGGAAAGGAACUGGUCAGUUGCUAUGCUACACGUAUGGUGAUGGAGCUAUUUCGUGAUAAUCGGAAGACCAUUGAUAGAGCCACAACUAAACAUAUUGACAAUUAUGUGGAGUUGCUUCGAAAAAACAAGAAUUAUAACUAUUUGGAUCUACUGGGCGUUCUUUGCGUCUGCGAUGGUGUGAGCAUUAUCGAUAAUCAACAGUAUAUUACUGACACCUGGCUGAGAAACAAGGAAAGAGACGCAUGUUUGUAUUUAACAGAAGUUAGGGAGUCUGGAGAAGUUUAUGUCUCAACUGAUAACAAAUUGACAUGGUGUCGAUUGACACGUUUUGCAGCUACAGAAAAAGAGCACCGUUUAUUUCUGCAACACCAGUUGGAUUUAUUUGCAAAACUUUGCCAUGGCCGAAACGAAGCUGCCAUUCAAAUAAUUACAGAUAAACUAAAGUGGGAAGAGGCGUUUUACUGCUUAAAAAAUGACGAUUUAUUACCUGAACUGCGUGCCAAGUACUGUAGCUUAAUUAUCAGUCUCUUUAUUGAUGUUGGUGAAAAUAUUUCCAGCUUAGAACGAAUGAAACUAUCAUUUGUAUGGGAUGAAAUAGACACUGGAAAUCGCGAACGUUGUACUGUACCUGACUCUGAACUGAAGAAUAAAUACUUCCCACAGUUAAAGAAAUGGAUCAAUGACAUGUUAAGUAAAAACAAACAACUAACAGCAUCAAAAGUUGGUCAUAACAUAUUGAUGAAGCAGGUACUGAAACUCGUACAUACACUAGUGAAGUUUGGUUAUUACACUACACAAGAUGAUAUUAAGGCUCUAUUAAAACCUAUAAGGGGUUUGAUGAAAGGUACUAAUGACAGACCGAGGGCAACGAUAAAGUGUCAGGGGAAAAAGAUGGCUCCUACAGAUGAAGAAAAACAAAACUAUCGAAAUAUCGAUAGGUUUAAAAAAAAUCGUGAGACAAAGGCUGUAGUGGAUGUUAAAUAUAUGGCACUGGAAAUUGUGGAUUUAUUCUUCAAUUUUCGUUUCAAUGAAAGAUUGGAGAAAUGUAUUGUACAGUUCAAGCAAGUACAUGGCACUGACACACACGCUACGGUCGAGCAUUUGACAGAUAUAUUUGAAAGAACUGUUUAUUUCAAAGAAGAUAAAUUAACUGAAAUAUUACUUGACUUGUCAAACCAUAAGUAUGAUAAGAUGGUACAAAAAUCACUGUAUUUGAUAAAUCGACGAUAUUCAUCGUAUUCAAAUCUAUUUAAUCGGGCUGUUCAAGCUCAGCUGUUGCUGACAGAUACUUCAGUCAAGGUUUUUAAAGAAUGUGAAGAAAAGUUGCCUGUACUCAGGAGACUUUCUGCUAUUAAGAUGAACAGAGAACAAUGUCAAACAAUGGGGGAAAUUUUAGAUUUCUUUAUUAGUUGUUGUUCCUUAGAUGGUGGACCAGAAGAGCCUCAUUCUAUGAACCAAACUAUUUUCUACAAUAGUGGUGUUCUGGAUGACAUGUUUGACAUCUUGGCUAAUGGAUUGAAUGCAGAAUAUAAAUAUAACAAAUCAUUACAAGAAAUCAUCAAGAAAGCGUUUUUAUGCUUACAACGCAUGGCCAGAGGAAAUGAAAUUGUGCAAAAAAGUAUGUUUGACAGAUUGGAUAUUUUACUAGAUGUCAAAGGUGCUGAAGCUGAAAUGGCAAAGGCUUUUACAGAGGUGUUUACUGGUAACAAAACAGCAUGUUUUAAAAUCAAAAUCCAACAAGUCGGGAAGAUAAUGCAUCUUGUCUCUCAAUAUAGAAAUGAGACCCCUGAGUUCCUUGAGCUACUGAGCGCUCUUGUCAAGGUUGAAGAACUGAACUUACCAAUAAAACGCAAUCAAAUCUACGUGAUGAAAUUUUUUAUGCAGUACAGAUCCGAUGUUGCAUCUAUCAUAGACACAACCCAGGAAGAAAGAGAAAAAGUUCUACGUGCUGAUGAAAGAAGCCCUGAUUUGAUCUUUAUGUCAGCAUUGGUAGAUUUAUUAGCCACGUGUGCAGAGGGUGAGAAUAGAUUCAUUGAGUCUAUCUGUCAAACGAUCUUUUCAUUGGAUGAGUUGCUAUCUAUAUUGUCCAAUCCUAAUAUCAGCAAUAAGAUCAAGAAACCAUUUGCAAGGUUUACAUUGUGGGUGUACAUGAAUACAGCUGGUGAUGGCGCCGAAAAACUAAUGCACGAACGAUUGUUUUGGUUAUUUCUGGAAACCGUAAUCAUUGAUAUAAGAAACCUUACUAGAUAUAUGGACAAUAACGAGCGAAGAGUAAUACAACAACUGAGGAACAUACCAUCGGAAGUAGAUGUGUCAUUGCAUUAUAUGUAUGAUGGAGUAUUUCCCAUUAUUCAGAUAUUUUUUAAGCAGAUUUGUCAUUUAGAUGUUUACGACCACCGUAAUGAACAAGAAGUUGUAAACAACCUUGCCGAGGUUAUUAUGGAAUUUGUAAGGACUACAGUUCGCAUAUCAAUGAUAACAAAUAUGACAAACUUCAACAUACUGAUGUCAGCAAGUAGGGUGUUGUUAGAUAAAUCAGAACUGGAUAACAAGCUUGCGGUGAAAGGGGAAUUAGCUAGAUAUGCAAAUCAAACAUUCGAUACGAGGAGCGUGGCUCAGCAGAAAUACCAAGACACGUACAGGGAAGAAGAACAUAUCAAUCACUGUUUGAAUGACUACGCUAAUAACCUAAGGUUAAGCUACAUUGGUGAAAAUACAGUGGAUGCACAAUUGAAAACAAAUAACAAUAACACAAGAGAAUAUGACAAAGGUGGCGAAGAAGAGCUGCCACUUGGGGCGGAAUUCCAGGAACAUAUUCAGUGCUUCAUGCACAAAACAACUUCAGAUAAUAGUUUAGCACACUCUGCCUUGAAAAAUAAAAGUAGAAAACCCAAAUACCAAAGAGCAAAAAAACUAAUGGAAGGGCUCAUGAUUUCUUGUAACAAUCCCAAAUCAACAGAACAAGAGAGACUGAAACAGGAAGCAUUGGAUAUCAAAAGCUUACAGAUACUUAGAGCGAUGAUCCACAACGAGGAACGUCAGUUACCGCAUAACUGGAAGGAAAAUCCUAAAAAACACACAGAUCGACUAAUGAAGAUCGAAUCUGUUCAAAAUGAGUUAGAUAAUCAUGGCGCCAUGUUACAAAUCCUGCCAUUACUGGGAAGAACGCGUGAAAGAUUGUCACACGAGGUGUUAGCUUUUCUUUCAGCUAUGUUGUUCAAUGGCAACGUACAAGUUCAGACCAGCCUUGAGAAUUAUUUUCGACGUUCAAGAGAAGAACAUUUUUUUAUGGCGGCCAGGAACUUAAUGCAUAUAUCUAAAAUAUCAAUUAAAGAAAAACGUGCACUCUUCAGUCAACUUGAGGCGCGAAAUAAAAUGGAAGAGGAUUUGAGAAUGCAAUCGAAUACAGCAACAUCUAUUACGAAUUCAACUGAUAAACCAGCUAAUGGUCUUCGAAUCUCGCAGAACAGCACAGAAGGAAAUGCAAUGAAAAUGGAUACAAUUAACAGUAGCGAAGUAUCUCCAGAUAUCGGUGAUGAAAAGAAUCAGCCAAAACGAGAAAAAAUGAAUUAUUUCAAAAAAGAUGGCCUAAUUGAACUACUCUUCAGAACUCUAGGGCAAAUGUGCGACGGACAGCAUACAGGCUUACAGAACUAUCUGAGAGAUCAACCCGAUAACAUGACUAGUGUUAACAUAGUGGCAGAAACAACAAUGUUCCUGAACAUACUAUAUGCUAAUUUUGAUGACACAAAUAUUGCACUUCUUGUAGAACUAUUCACAACACUUAAUGAGUUUGCAUCGGGUAAUCUUGCCAACUCAAUGGUGAUGUUUGAUAACAAGAUUAUAGAACUUAUCAACUUUAUUCUGCGAGAUACAAACAUAGAGAAUAGGAUAUCAGAACACAAACAACUGAUACAUGAACUUAAAUUAGUUAUGGCUAAUCUCGUUAUGUCGAUGAUAGAAGAACAAAGUCGUGAAGGGUCGGAAUUUGCGAAUGAAAUCAUGGACAAAAUAGACAAUGAUGUAAUACAUGAAAUAAUGGUGGAUUAUUACAAGAAAUCUUUCGCUGUAAAUACAAAUGAAAGCGACAAAAACUGUUAUACACAAAUAGGAUUUGCAUAUUUUCACAUUCUAAUGAGACUACAGGAUAUUGAUGCCACUAUCAGUAAAGAAAGAUAUAUUUUACAUGAAUUAAAAGAUACCGAUGAUGAACAUAGUCCAACAAUGAAUACGCAUAAUCAAGAAGUUAUUAGAGCGUGGAACUUUUAUGAAGCUAAUUCGAUGUCAGUUGAAAUACUGAGAAACGGUGAUGUCCAGAAAGUACACUUCAGAGUUAAGAAUACUAAUCUUCUGAGAACUGAAGUGAAGGAGAAAAUGAAAUGGAACAUAAAACGAGAAUCACAAAUUGAAAAGAUUCAAGAUUUUGUUCAUUGGUCACAAGAUAUCGUGAAAGACAUCAAUUAUCAAAACAAAGUGUUAUCGUACAGACCAGCCAAAUUUUUUAUACUUUUAACAGUCAAACCUAUAUUAACUGCGUCAUACUGGGGUGCAAUACUCUAUAUACUUUUCGGCUUACAUAAUGUGUUAUCUGCUUGCCUACUUGUAAGCUUUUUCCUGUCUAAUCGUCCAAGAUUACCGAGUGGAACUGAUAUACAAAACGAUUUCAGGAGUCUAAUUGGACAGGAAGUCAGUAGGGUGAGACAGUCAUAUUUGGAUGCAAAAUUCUUCAGUCAAAUCACAUUUUAUUACAUUGUUUUCUUCGUUUUUUCCAUAUGUGGUACUAUAUUUUAUGGAUACUUCUUUUGUUUCCAUUUGCUUCACAUUGUGGUUAUGAAUCAGCUUUUAAAAAGGGUAUUAUUGGCUGUCACACUCAACGGCAAGUCACUACUGUACGUCUUCUUGCUUGGCAUCAUAGUCAUAUACAUCUACUCCAUAGCAGCGUUUGGUUUUUUCCGCUAUGAUAUAAAUGAUGAAGAGACUGAAAUGUUUUUCUGCAACACCACGUUUGAGUGUUUUAUAUCCACAGCCCGAUAUGGUCUUCUUGAAUCGUUUCACGAGAGCAUAGGAAUUCCUGCGAGCACCGACUUUCCAACCUUCACCACACGUUCAAUAUUUGAUGUGUCAUUUUAUAUAGUAGUCGUGCUUAUUGGAUUGAAUAUUGUGUUUGGUAUCAUUGUUGAUACAUUCUCAGAACUCAGAGAUUCUAAGUGGCGAACAGAUGAAGAUAUGCGGACUCUGUGUUUUAUUUGUGGUCGAAAAAGUUAUGAUUUUGAAAACCACGGAAACGGAUUCCGACAACAUGUAAAAUUGGAACACAAUGUUUGGUCUUAUCUCUUCUUCUUCAUUCACCUGAACGAAACUGCCACCAACGACCUAACUGCAUUGGAACUCCACGUUUUGAACAUGUUGGAGGUGCCUGAUUAUGGAUUCUUCCCUGUCAACCGUGCAUUAUGCCUAAACAAUAUUGAAACAUUACAACACUAA